CUUGAGGACUCUGGUGUUCUCGAGAAGCUCGAGCGGCAGGCCUGGCAGGCCACCAGUGGUUUUCAAUUCACUCAGGCGGCAGUGCACGAAGGGGUGGCUCUCAUUGAAAAGCUCCUCAUUGACCUGGUCACCAGGCAUGAGUCAUAUGACAUGAAGGGCCCUAUCUACGCGUUCCUGGCCUGUUUCAGUAUUCACUACCAGGAGGUGACCUUCAAGCGAAUUGACCGCAUCAGCCAGUCCUACUCUGCCGUUAUCUACGCCAUGCAGCUGGUCGCCAUCAACCACCAUUGGACCCCAUGGAUCCGGAGGAUCCUUGAAGCGAAAGAGGAUGGGCAGGACCAAGCGCUGGCUAAUGCGGCCCCAUUUCAUGCUGUCUUCGGCCCCUGGCUGCAGACCUACUUCAAGCACCAGUCUCCUUACCCCCUUGGAGAUCUUCUGUCCUUCAGAGCCUAUGCUCUCUACUACAACACGAUCUCCAGCGUGCAAGGCAACCAGGUGAUUGAACAAGCACCCCACCACCUAAGAUUCCACCAUCUUAGUGUCAGCCGUCUGCAGCUCCAGGAAUUUUUCCAGAAGUCUACCUUGGACCUGGCACACUCCCUAGUAGGCUCGCUGCUGAUCUGGGAGGAUGCCCAGCUUUUCAACCAGAUCCAGCUGGGGGAGGCAGCUCGAUUUGAGGAUUUUGCCAUGGAGGGGAAUGGAUUCAAUUUCCUAACAUUGAAUGAGGACUACCAACACCACUACCAGCCCUAUCUCGUGAAAAAAAUCCUGGAUGACCCUACGCGAGCCAAAGAAUGGUUCAAGCCAGCUGGAAAUCGGCUCCAUCUCAUUCCCCUACCAGCAGAGCGAUAUUUAUUUAUGGCCAAGAAGUUCCUGCUCCAUCUGCUUGUUCUGGUGCACAUGACCAGUGGCGCCCCUGCCCGAGGCACUGAGAUUAUUCCACUCCUGGCAUCCAAUUCCAUCAUCAACCGCCGAAACCUCUUUCUGGACCCGAAAUCGAAGCUCUUCCUCAUUCGGCUGCGGUAUAGUAAGGUGCUGGCGACCACUGGCAUGGAGCGGAAUGCUGGCGACCUCCCUACCAGCCGCCAGGUCAGUGACACGCUCCGCCAUCGGACCAGCGCCCUGAUCGGCCAGGGCAUUCAGAUCCAUUCAUGGCGCCAUCUCGCCCAAGGCUUCAUUCGAUAUGGCAUGGGGGAACGGAUGGAGGGGGACUCCAUUGAAGCGCCAGAGCUGAGUGAGCUUGAGAAUGAAGCUCUAGCAGCCGGCCAAGCACACCACAGCGUCCGCACGGCCAUGCUGGUCUAUGGCCGGCCACAGGUUCAAUUUGGCAACCUCCCCAUCAACCAGCAGGCCGCCUACAUUGACUUCAGCCAGCGGUGGCAUUCCUAUAUCGGCAUGGGGCCUGAUUUCGACUUUUUGAGCUUUCUCUAUCAAGGGAGACCGCUGCCUCAGGCCCCCCAGGCCACAGCCAAGACCCCCCAGGGCCUAUCUACCAGCUCCUUUCCUCUCAACCAGCCCUGCCUGCGCUUCUGGUGGCAGAGAUCUGCCUCUUCACCAUCCCCUAAGAUCCCUAUUGGUCAGUUCAAUGCAUUCAUGGGCUCCACAACCCCCACAUUCACUCCAAUCGACCCCAAUGUCACUGAAGGCAUUCCCGAUGGUGACCCGCGCCUGGCCGAGCUGGAACCAGGCCAGCGACUGCGACUGCUUGCACACCAGCCAUUCCCUCAAACCCCUAGGGGCCUUCAAGCACCAGACCUCCUGCUUGGGCUCUUUCAAGAAUUCAUGGGAACGCCUCAGGCUGAAUUUCGAAGCGCAGAACAGCGUGAGUGCCUCUACCAUCUGCUGAAGCCAACCCCAUUCCUUCUCAUGGCAUUACCAACUGCUGGAGGCAAGACCACCCUGUUUCUGCUUGCUGCAAGCCUUGCCUGGGCGCAUACUACUGUCCUGGUGGUUCCCCUUGUUUCAUUGAAGCUGAACCUGCAAUCUAAGCUUCAAAACCUAGGUCUGCCAUGGGUGAAUUGGGAGGAUCAGCAUGAGGAGACCCCUCCUACCCGGCUAGUGCUAGUAUCCAUUGAGUCUGCUGUCAGCCAGGUCUUCAUUAACUGGGCCAUGCAGCUCUACCACCAAAACGCCCUGGACCGCAUUAUUUUUGAUGAGGCCCAUCUCAUCCCCCUGGCCCGCAGCUAUCGGGGGGUGAUGAAUGAUGUAAACCGCCUGAGCCAGAUCCCAGUCCCCAAAGUCUUUGCCUCGGCCACCAUGACCCAGCCUGCCCUGGACCAGCUCCGCCACCAAUUCCUCCUGCCAGCCCACCUUCCCCUGGUGGUCCGUGGUGAUAUCAACCGCCCUGACAUUCACUAUCUGGUCCAAGCACACCCCCCUAGGCUCUCUGGCGCCCGCCGCUUCCAAUAUCUUUUGAACCUGAUCCGUGAUGCACGCCAGGCCGGGCAGAUCCCCCCUAGGGGUCAGGUGAUCAUCUACCUUCCCUAUAAGGGCAUGGUAGAGGAGUUCCAUCAGGCCUAUCCCCAGGAGACAGCCUAUUUCCAUGCCAGCAUGCCAGAGGAAGACAAGACAAGGCAGGUGGAGAGCUUUGACCAAGGGCAGAAGCUCGUGCUCCUUGGGACAGCUGCCAUCGGGGGAAGGAUAUGA